AAAAAUCCAUUCUCUUAUCCACUCGAGUGGUUUUCUCCAAUUUCUAAAAGCAUCUUUCUUUUCAGAGAGCAGAGUGUUUGACUAGUUGUGCAUCUACUAUCGAUACUAAAUCUCCUCGAUAGGAUUGUGUUUAUUGGAUUUCAAAUAAUAUACGUAUAGACGAAUACAUAAUUUAGGAUGUGUUUGAUUACAUUGGCUCUAUUGGGUUGUGUGGUUGCUUUGGUAUUGGUUGCCUUGUUUUAUUUGUUCCGAGCACCAAAGUCACCUGAUGCAUCAUUCUUUAAUGAUAUUUUGAUUGGACACAGAGGUUGUCGUUAUAUAAAGACUAAGAGCAUUCCAGAAAAUUCUCUUAGUGCUGUUCGUUACUCAAUUGAGCAUGGAUCUGAUGGUGUUGAACUUGAUUGUCAACUUACUAAAGAUGGAGAAAUUGUAGUAUUCCAUGAUACUCUUGCCAUGCAAAGAGUUUGUUAUGGUAUUGAUAAAAUGGAAGGAAAGAAUAGUAUUGGAAUUGGUCAAUUGACUCUUGAGGAAGUUAAGAAAUAUUACAGAUAUAUUGAUGAUGAAAGUGGAAAGGAACAAAUCCCAACACUUGAAGAAUAUAUCAAUUUUGUCUUUUCUUUGGAUCCAAAACAAGUCAUUAUGAUUGAAGUCAAACAAUAUUCUAGAUUGGCACUCAUGGCUAAAAAGUUAGACGAAUUAUAUAAGAAGUAUCCAUCUCUUUAUCGUCAAUCAACAGUAGCCAGUUUCAAUCCAAUUUUAUUGUAUGUCAUGAGAAAGUUGAAUCCAAAGGUUGUCACCAAUUUACUUUUCAAGAGAGGAUUAUUGGGUGAUUGGAUGAAGCACAGUAGACCAACGGAAUCUAAAGGUCCAGGUUUGAAGAGAGUUUAUUCUGGUGACUUCCCAACAGUAUUGUGUGAAUUGAGUGAAGGUUCUAAUAAGAAUUUGAAAGAUAAGAUUAUCUAUUCAUCAUUAGAAGCUCUUACCAAGAUUUUGGACAAGAUGUGGUAUUAUGCCAAUAUUACAGUUAUUCCAGCAUUUAUUGGAAGUGCUGUUUUAGGUUUUGAUGCUUCUCUUGCAACAGUGGAUUACCUGAAGAGUUUGCAAAAGAGAGGAUACGUGACAAACGUUUGGGUUGUUAAUACUCCUGAACUGAAAAAGACACUGUUAGACAAUGUCAAAUUGGCAUUAACUACCGAUUUCCUUUUCCCUAAAGAGGAGCAUUAAUAAAUUUUUACAAUAACGAU